AUGGAGGAGCCCCGCUCGUGCGGCGAGGACUCGGAGCCGGAGCCCGACCCCGACCCCGACCCCGACCCCGACGCCCAGGCCGAGGCCUACGUGGCCCGCCUGCUCUCCCCGCCCGAAUCCGGGCUGGCGGCGCCCGCGUCCCCGCCGCCGCCCUCGCUGCGCGCGUCUGCGGGCGCGCCAGGGCGGACCGCGGCCUGCGGGCUCCCGGCCGAGGGCGCGCCGGGCCUGCUGAGCCUGCCGCCCGAGCUGCUGCUCGAGAUCUGCGCCUACCUGGACGCCGGUCUCGUGCUGCGCGUGCUGCCGCGCGUGUGCCAGGCGCUGCGCGAGCUCGUGCGCGACCGAGUCACCUGGAGGCUGCGCGCGCAGCGCCGCGUCCGCGCGCCCUACCCGGUGGUGGAAGAGGAAGACUUCGACUGGCCGGCAGCCUGCAUUGAGUUGGAACAGCACCUGGCCCACUGGACAGAGGACGGGCGGCAGACCGAGUACUUCUGCCUGGCUGACGGGCAUUUUGCAUCCAUCGACACAGUGCUGCUGCUGCAGGGUGGAGCGCUGUGUCUGUCUGGCUCCCGAGAUCGUAAUGUCAACCUGUGGGACCUGCGACACCUGGGUGAGGAGCCCAGCCAGGUUCUGGUCAAGGCCUUGGGUAGCCAGGGCAACAGCACCCACAAGGGCUGGGUGUGGUCGUUAGCGGCGCAGGAUCACCGUGUGUGCUCUGGCUCUUGGGACAGCACCGUGAAGCUGUGGGACAUGGCGGCGGAUGGGCAGCAGUUUGGCGAAAUCAAGGGCAAAGCAGCAGUGUUGAGCCUCUCCUACCAGCCUGACAUCCUGGUGACUGGUACCUAUGACAAGAAGGUGACCGUCUACGAUCCCAGAGCCGGCCUGGGCCUGGUGAGGAGCCGGCGGCUGCACUCCAGCGCCGUGCUGGCCGUGCUGGCCGACGACAGGCACAUCCUCUCGGGCAGUGAGGACCACACCCUCGUGGUCUUUGACCGCAGAGCCAACAGCGUCCUGCAGCGCCUACAGCUGGACUCCUACCUGCUCUGCAUGUCUUACCAGGAGCCCCAGCUCUGGGCUGGCGACAACCAGGGCCUGCUGCAUGUCUUUGCCCACCGUGAUGGCUGCUUCCAGCUUGUCCGGUCCUUCAAUGUGGGCCACCAGUCUCAGAUCACAGGGAUCAAACACUCUCUGGGGACCUUAUAUACCACUUCUACCGACAAGACCAUCCGGGUACAUGUGCCCACAGACCCACCAAAGACCAUCUGUACCCGAAAACACCACAAUGUGCUGAAUGGGAUCUGUGCUGAGGGCAACAUGGUGGUGGCUGCCUCUGGGGGCUUGUCGCUGGAGGUCUGGAGGCUGCAGGCCUGAGCAGGUGGACAUGGACGUGGAUGUUGGCAUAUGCUGCCGGCUGCAGGCUGAGCCUUGGCCUCUGCUCCCCUGCAGCCUUCCCCUCUGUUGGUGCUGCUUCCGCCGUGCCCUCCAGGCAUGGCACGCAGGGAGCCUCUGCCAUGGCCCGGUAGGAGCCUGGGCCUGUGCAGGUGACGCAGCUCUGGCCUGUCCUGGGGGCUGCUCCCAACUCGGCCUGGCCGGUUGUGUGUGUUUGGUUGUUUGGUUGGUUUUUGAGAAGGGCCUCCUAGCCCACAGUGGCCUAGAAUUGGCUGUGUAGCCAAGGCAGGUCUUGAACUCCUGAUCCUUCUGCAUUUACCUUGUAAGUGUUGGGAUUACAGAAAUGUGCCACCAUGUCCAUCGGGCCCCUGGUUUUGUUGGGUGCCCCCCUACCAGUUGAGAGUGAAGGCGAAAUAAAACUGCCCUACUGUGUGCACUGUUCAA